UCAGAACCGGGCAGAAAACAUUUCCCGCCACUGUGCAGCAAAAUAAACAUGUUAUUAUUAUGCAAAUGUUAUUCUUCUUAGUUUUUACCUCAGCAGCAGCUAUGAUUAGAUGAAUGAAUCCGUUCUGAGUAGAAACAAGGAGAGUCAGGUCAAGUUCAGCAGGGAGGAAGUGCAGCUCAGGUGUCAAGGUGAGCGCGCGGGCACAGAUCAAGGUGUGAGCACUGGGGAAAUGUGAAGUCUCGUCAUCGUGAGAAGAUAACAAUAGUUACUCGAGCUGUAUCACACUGACUAAAACCUUCAGCAGACACAAUCUGCCCAGCUGCUCCUGUAUAAAUCUGCAGGAGAGUAUGAUUUAUUUAUGUGAGGCACUGCACUGCCUGCAAGUGUACUUUUAAAAUUGCAAAACAGAAAAAGUCUCAUUUUCACACACUGACUGAAAUAAUGCCUCCUACCAUGCCGACCCGCCUUUUAAUUAAGAUUCAGCCUGAAAUGCCAACUGCAUGUUGGUUACUGACUGCAUGUAUCCCACAGCCAUGACGUAUGACAUGAUUUAGGGUCUAUAUUCAGCGUGUUGUAAAUGAGGCAGUUAAUUUUCAGUUCUUCGGGAUUUUUUGCACCUUCCUUUGCCACCUCGUGCCUGUGAUUUUUUCCUCCACAACACAUUUACGCUCAUCACUACCUCACUCCUCAUUCUUCUCUCCUCUUCUUCUCAUCUUUCUUUUUGCCCCCUGUCUAUAAUUGGAUUCUAUUUUCAGGCUGCUAUAAGUGUCUGUGUCUCUUGUGUUUGUGUCUCGCACCCCAUUUUCUGUCUCUCCUCCAUCGUCACCCUCUGCUCUUAUCGCUCCCAUCGCUCUUUCUGUCGCUGUGUAAAGCCACUCCUCUUAUUCUGCUUUCCUUCUGUGUUGCCCACAAACUGUUUCAGUUCUGCAAAACCUUCCAUUUACCUUUUUAUCCUUUUAUUUGUGGCAGAUAAAUAUGAUGGAUAGCACACUAAAAGCCUUAUGCAAAGUUGUGUUAUGUGAAGUAAUGCAGAGCGGAGUAAACUGCAUCUAAGUGAUGUGAAUAGCUCUCUCAUGACCUAAUUCUGGUAGUCUGGGUUACACAGCGAUCUGAGAGAGAGGAGGAUAUAUUUAGUGAGCAGGGAAAAAAAUAUAUAAAGAAGAUGAUACAGGGUACUGUAGAGCCCUCAAAACACAGGAAUGGUAUACCUUUAAGUAAGUGAUGACAUUUAAAUAGCAUGUGUCACCCUUCAUGUUGAUGUGACUACUGAAGCAUUUUUAAGGAAGGCAAUGAGCCAAUUAAACAGCAUUUAUAAAGGGGAGGAGUGGAAAAUGAGAGGCUGACAGAGGGAGGGAGUGAUACUGUAGGACUUGGUUGGCUGUUGGGAUGUCUCUAGAGGGGCAGCAUGUAUUUAAAAGACGAAAAAGACUUAGAGAGAAAAGAGGAGAAGCUAUCAGAGAUGGAAAAAGUUGACUGACGAGUGGAGGAAAUGGGGAUCUCUCAUCAGACCAAAAAACCCUCAUCAAGAAGGCCGGGAAGCUGCAAAGCCACGACCCACACGCCUCGACGAGGUCACGUGGCGCAGAAUCGCACAACACCCGUUCGGUCAGUGCACAUCCGACCACUGCCCACGCGAAAUACACCCUCACGCAAACAGCACGCUCAGACCGCGCAGACACGCAAGGUGCACACACAUCUGACGCAGACGCACAGGGCGAGUUCACAGUCUGCACACUGCUGCCCGACGCAGCCCUAUGAGCAGUACACAGCACACAGCGAUCACUCAGGGUGCACCUACUACUGCUAUUUCUGCUACUGCUGUUACUGCUGCUGCCUCACGUUGCUCUCUUUCUCUCUCCUCCUCCUCCUGUCUCCUCCUCCCAACACUCCUCCCUCUGCCUCCUUCUCCACUUUGUCCUCAAAUACCACUCUUCCUCCUUCCUCCUCCUCUUCCCCCUCACAACCAUCAACUUCCUGUUUGGAUGAACUUUCCUGUAUCUAUCCUGACGUCAACCUGACUUCUUCUACUGUGUCUCCCUACUGCCCUGUGCCACCUUGUCUCAUCUCUGAUGAUUCUCUCCGUCUCUUCUACGUCUCAUCUCCUGACCUCACCACCUCUGACCAACUCACCUCCUCUUGCCACGGCUCUCCUCCUACAUCUACUUCUUCUUCCUCUUCCGUGCCCUCUGACUCCUUCUUCCCUCCUCAUCAUCCUAUCCUCUGCCGGCCGUGGCCUUCUUCGCGCUCUCUUUCCUCCCUGCUCCUCUGCCCUCCCAGCUUUGGGGAUCCAGUCUUAUCCUAUGCAUCCACUUUGGAGCACAUCCCCUCUGGGCCGGCCCGGCCUCGGACGCUGCUGCGCCAGCAGAGCCUUCAGCAGCCUCUCAUCCACCCACCAGGCCCUGUUCUCGGCCAUCCUCCCACCACAUCCCAGAGCUUGGGACAAUUACACACUGCACCUGGACAGCCUGGGGGAGGCGGGGGUGCUGGGAGAGGAGAGGGAGGUGGCAGCAGUGUUGAGGGUGGGGGUGCAGGUACACGAGGUGGUCCCCGGGGUGCACGGGGCAGCCCAGCAGGAGCGGGGGCCUCUCGCUAUAGGGGAGGUGGAGCAGGAGGGCGCUCACGAGCCAAUCCUGGCAGCUGGGAUUACAUGAUGGACCAGAUCCGGAAUCGUGGCCUGGACGUCAAGUCCUUCCUUGAAGGGAAGAUGGUCGUCAUGGCUUUGGCCAUUGGUGUGGCCGAGCAAGAUGACUUUGCCAAUAUCCCUGACCUGCAGGAAACAGCGCAGGCAGCACCAGCAGCCAAUCAGGAGCCCCCUCCUGAGAAGAGGGGUAACAAGCCUGCUAACAGCCCCAAGGGCCAACCUCCCGAUGCUGAUGGUCACUCCUCCGUAACCGAUCUGGCCAACUCACUCACUGGAGACAUGGUGAUGUUGUCUCCAGGUUCGGAGGAUGAUGACGGUGAAGGUCCUAUCAGUGAGAAGCUGGGCCGGAUCCAGUUCAGCAUAGGCUACAGCUUCCAGAACACAACCCUCACCGUCAAAGUGCUCAGGGGUCAGGAGCUACCGGCUAAGGACUUCUCCGGCACCUCCGACCCCUUUGUCAAAAUCUACCUGCUGCCCGACAAGAAGCACAAGCUGGAGACCAAGGUCAAGAGGAAGAACCUCAACCCUCACUGGAACGAAACCUUCCUAUUUGAGGGCUUCCCUUAUGAGAAAGUGAGAGAGCGCACUCUAUACCUUCAGGUGUUGGACUACGACCGCUUCAGCAGGAAUGACCCCAUUGGAGAGGUGUCAAUCCCCCUUAACAAGGUGGAACUGGGCCAGAUAAAGACCUUCUGGAAGGAGCUCAAGCCCUGCAGUGAUGGCAGUGGGAGACGAGGAGACCUGCUGGUGUCUCUCUGCUAUAAUCCCACUGCCAACACCAUCACUGUGAACAUCAUCAAAGCGCGCAAUCUCAAAGCCAUGGAUAUCGGGGGCACGUCAGAUCCAUAUGUGAAGGUGUGGCUGAUGCACAAGGACAAGCGUGUAGAGAAGAAGAAGACAGUGACGAUGAAGCGCUGUCUGAACCCCAUCUUCAACGAGUCCUUCCCCUUCGACGUGCCCGCCCAUGUGUUGAGGGAGACCACCAUCAUCAUCACCGUCAUGGACAAGGACAGGCUUAGCCGCAACGAUGUUAUCGGCAAGAUCUACCUAUCGUGGAAGAGUGGACCAGCGGAGGUGAAGCACUGGAAAGACAUGCUCGCUCGGCCGCGUACUAACGUUGCCCAGUGGCACGCUCUCAAGGCCUGAUCGCACCGCCCAGCUCCCUCCAUGGCCCCUUCCCGUCUCCUAUUCCCCCUCUUCCCUCCCCUCCUCCCACUCCCGUCCUUAUGCACAAGACUGACUUGCUGCCAGGCUGCGAAACACGGGUACAAUUAGCCAUCUGCUCUCUUAAACCUUUAAACUCUUUUCUUUCAAAAUCUCUAUUCCUCCAAAACUCUUCUCUCUUCUUCUGUUCCCUGCUCUUCAUACAGCUGUGUCUUAAUUUCUGUCUCCCCACUUUGCCAAUGGUCCCCCUGUUUCUGACUGUCUGUAUGUCUGUCUGUCCUUAUGCACUUUGCCUGUGGAGGUCUGAUGUUCAGUUUCUUUGUCGACCCCUUGGUUCUGAACUGCACUGCAGCCCCUAACCUAUUUAAGGUGCCAGUCCCGUGGGAUCACAGAGAAUCUUAAGUAACGAUCUAAUCUCAUAUAAUCCUAUUGUAUGACUAUUCCAGGUACACAAUACUAUACAGUAUGUGCUGUAUGUACAUGUACAUAUUAAUAUGUUAGGCGUAUAGAUUGGCAGAACUCCCCCUAUACACAUGACUAGUAUACAGUAUGUUAUCCAUAUCCUGUCUGCUGUUUCCCAUUUCUCCUGUCUCUUGAUUUGCCGCCUCGUCCUUGUCAUCCGUCUCAAGUGUAUUAUAUCCUCUCCCCAUUUCAGUCCUCCCUCCUUUUACUCAAAAGUGGUUUAAUGUUCAGCUGAAGUUGUCGAAAACAAUCAAUACUCGGUCUGUGAUGAAACCAUCUGAACUCGAGAUGGAAUUGUUGAUACUGCUGUCUUUUCUCCCCCCUCCUCUUUUCUCUUCUCUAUGCUCUUCUUUAUCUCCUUUUUACCUAUUGUUCCCUCUUUCUCUUCCUCUGGCACAAUAUUAGUGAACCCCCCACCCCGACUUUCUGGACCUUCCCCGCCCCCCUUGUCGUCUGUGUGCUGUGGGUGCUGUGCUGUAGCUCCAACAAAAAUAGAGAUUAAAAAAAUAAAUAAAUAAACUGAACUUUCCGAAGCUGGGAAAGCGGGAACACAAUAAACUUGUGAAAUGGAUCGCUCCUGAUUUUUCCAGACAAAAAGCCCUGACAUGGAGAGAGAAAAAAGAAGAUGAAAAAAAAAAAAAACCCAAACAAAUCCCCAACGAUACGAUGAUGUCAUUUUUCACAGCAUCACCAACUGAGGAAACCAAUUUUAAAAUCUUCUUCCAAUGUUAAAAUGAAAACAGAAGCAAAAAAACAAAGUUUGUGCUGUUUGUGCACAUGCAUUCGGUCGUGUGCGCGCACUUCUGUCUGUUUAUUGAUGCUAUGAAUUCUUUGUGCUGCCCUGUACUUUUGUUUUGUGCUGAUGGUGGUCAAUCUCCACCAGUUCUGACUGUAUGGUGUUAAUGUGUGCCUGUUGCAGUGCGUGCGCGUGUGUUUUCACAGGAGCAACACAAUUCAAACUCGGUAGAAAUCUUCUUCUCUUUUCUCUUUCUCAUCUUGCGCUCUUCUUGCUCUUCUUACUGCCAUUGUUUCCCCAUCCUCCUUUACUGCCCUGCCUUCUGAACGAGGGCACGGAGAAGUUCUAUCUGCACUUUUUGAAAAUGUAAUAACAAUAAUAAUGACGAUGAUAGUUUUGAUGAUGAUUAUAGUUCUGGUGAAAAUUAAGGGAGGAGUAUCUGAAAGGGUGAGCAGCAGUUAGGGAGAGGAGACGUCUGCUUUGUGAUUUCAGGGUUUGGAGAUGAAGUGGAGGACACAGAGGAUGGAUGUAGGGCUCUCAUCCUCCUCCUUUUGUUCCUCUUUUUUCCUCAGUGUACCUGUGUGUGUGUGUGUGUGUGUGUGUGUGUGUGUGUGUGUGUGUGUGUGUGUGUGUGUGUGUGUGUGUGUGUGUGUGUGUGUGUGUGUUUGUAUGUCAGCUAUCAGGCUCAUGGUGGCAGGCUGCUAGUGUCUGAAAUGUCAGGCGUGGAGGGCGAGAUCAGGCUCGUCUGCUUGUCACAAGGACACAUUGAUGACGGCCAACACAACAGUGCUACAUGCUGAUCAACAGCAAACCUGGUCAGAGCUCUAACAAAGAGGCUGGAUGCUGAACAAUAGCUCCAUAUCUGGAAACCCUAAGACAGAUGUGCAUUUUAGCUUUAACACUGAAGGAGAAAUUAGAUAACAAGGCUGAGUUCUGUUGUUGUUCACAGAAACUGUGUAUCACAGGCGGUGGGUGUGAUAUUAGAUGAUGGUCAGAUCUGCCACUGAGAUACUGUAGAAGCAGAUUAGACAUUAUCUUUUCCCUGAGUGCUUGAGAGCACCACAGAGUGUACUGGUAGCUGCCCUGCUUGUCAGGCGCAUUCAGCUCAGCUCAAUAUUUCUGUAACGUAAAUAAAACGGUCAUAAAGCAGCAACGUGAAUACUGUCAGCCAUUAAGAGCUGCUCACACAGACUGUUUCUCAGUGUACUCUCUACUGUAACUGUCUGUGUUUUUACAUUCAUAAAGUCCUAUGUGGCAUAAUCCUGUCAGCUACUCAGGAUUUUGUUUUACUAAAACGACUUCUAAAUGAAGGAUUCACCUUUCAGACGUCUCUCUGGUUAGACUGACUUAGCAAGCAAAUAUAAUCACUUGUUUGUUGUUUGGUUGAAGCCUCACUGCUUCUGAUAGUGCAGCAUUUUUGCAGGUCCCCAUUAAAAUCCAUGCCUAACAUGCCGUGGCCCCUGCUGUGGAUUUUACUUCUCUUAUCAUGCAAUAAUUUGAUAGUAUCUCAUCCUUUUGUGCUUGUUUUGAUUUAAGCUGACGAUAACCUGAUCACCACAAGGAAGAUGGAAAGAUUAUGUAAUUGUAGUUUAAUUUGCACCAGGUUAGUCAUUGUCUAGUGUCUCUAUAAGCUGGUCUGUGAGUGUGUUCUGGACAGUGUGCUGCUUCGUGUGAGACUCGGUGCUGGCUGCUGUGAUGCACUGAUCCAGUCCAGCACCCUUCAGAACAAUUGGCCAGCCGUGGAACAGGGCCCACUGUUUUGACAGCCACUGCCUGCAGUGUCACAGCACAUUACACUCCCAUUAGGUGGUCAGAAAGGAGCAAUAUCUACUUCCUUGGACGUGGACGGUUCUCUAUUUGAAGAAGUAAUACUCGCUAAGAAUAACACAAAACACAAAGCGCUCUCAUUAGUAAUCAUGAAGAUGAUGUAGAAGGGAUAAAGGCCCGUCAGUCAAAAUGAGCAGAAUAAUCAGAAGGCGAUCUGAAGCUGUGAAAACCAAACGUGGUUUGAAUGUGCAGGUGUGCAGGUGAUGAGUCAACAUAAUACCUCUGCCAGUUCCUUUCAUCAAGAUUACAUGUUGCUCAAGGACUGAUAAAUUGCUUGGCUACAGGGGUUUACAAAGCUUAGUCAUCAGUGACCCUGUAAACUGGGGGAUAUGGCUUUAUUUUUAGUAACUUGAGGCACAGUGGGAUGUGGCUGAUCCUCGAAGGUAGACUGGAGGGCUACAGGGUUAGGCUUUCAAAACUUAUAAAACUGCUUUUGACUACAGACUGCUUCUAAAUUCAAUACAUUGUGUUUUCUAUUUUUAAAAGUUAGUUCUUAAAUAGGAAUGAUGGUCAUCAAGUAAUUAGCCAGUGACACUUUAAUACAACCUUUUGGCAAAGGCAGGAGGUUACUGAGCUAAAUGUGUAGUGAAAUUCUAGUAAUUUUAGUACCCAUUGUGUUUAGUUGACACUUGUUUUACAUGCUCUUUGUCUGGGGUCCCACAGAGCCUCAGCUGGGUGGUGGCAGUGUAUAAGAAUAAUAAUUGCAAAAUCAACACUUUUCUCUAAAGCGGCUCAUUGAUAUUUUAAAAACAAUAUAUUAAAUGACAAUAUAAAAACAAUGUGGCAAUGUGAAAGCGGUAGCUCGAAGUGAUUAUCAAUUAUAACCUGAAUCUGCAGCUCCCCUCGACUUUACGUAGGGUUAUAGCGAGUUUUCAGAUCAAUGCUCUCAUAGUGUUUUAAUAAGGCUGUAACUCUGAAUACAGAGUUAGCGACAACCUGGUUAACAUAGUGGAGUAUUUAGCAGCUGAAGAACCAGAUAUCAGGAGUGGGAAGAGACAAAAACAACACUAAAAGAGAGAGAAUAACAUUCACAAGGUGACCAGAAACGUGACUCCAAAUAGUUAUUAUUACCUUUUUUUCUGGCCCAAUCAAAACCCAAUAUGUAGAUAAGUAUUAAAGUGGUAACUCUUUCCCUUUGAGUGCAAACAUAAAAUACCAUAAAGCCAAAUAAGAUAUUUCAUGUUGUAAAUUUCAUGUUUGCCUAAAAGUCAUUCACAAACAAAGAAAUAGUCUGUUAUUCUACAUACAGUAGAGAUGUUAGUUAUUACUGGGGGGACGGCCAUCUCCCUAAUAGUCUCUAAGCAGGAAGUAAUGCUUCAUUCUACUACUUCUGUAGUAGAACUUCUGAAAAGGUUAAAAAUCAUGUUUAUAAGUCAUGACGUAUCAAACUUAUUAAACAAUGUUAAACAUGUUUUUGAGCUGGUAAAGAGGACCAAGAAAACAAACAAACUACAUACGCAAAGAUUAAUUCAGGUGGUAUGUAGCAUUUAUCUUAAUUUGUCUAGAUUCAGAGUGAACAUAUGACUAUUAAAUGGCAAGAAAAAAAACCCCAAAUGUGAUUGGAAUAUUAAUUUAAGAUUAAAUUUAAGUGAAGUUAUUUACUUCAGUGUAUCACAGUGGAAUAUAAUUCAUCACCGAGCAUCCAGGAAGUUACACACUCUAUAAAAUAACCAGGAGUCCCAAACAUUAUGUUCUCUCGUCGCUUGCAGUCAAACAGCAGCACCAUUAAAAUGGAUGGUAAGCUCAGAGCCAAACAGUAUAAAGGAGAAAGCAAUUUCCAAAUCCCAGUUUUAUUAUACUGCCACCUGUCUCACACCUCCGAACGUAUUGGGUUUUGUUGGCACCAACACUGUCAGCAAUGACCUUCAACUAUCCUGAGCUCAUGAAUACAGCAUGGCAGCGUUGCAGAUGCUCCCAGUCAAGACUUAUUUCAGACUAACUCCACUCGGUGUACUUUCUCUCCUUGUGUUCAGUCUCAGCGCCCUUUUUCAUCAGGGCUUCAUUGCCGGACGCAGCCAACUGGUGGGUGCAGGUGUGGAUAAUUAGUGUCUGAUUAAAAAGGUUUAAUUCAAGAUGACCGACACAGCCAACACUGCCCACAACUUUGCCACCAAAUAAAGGCUCUUAAAACUGACUGAGUUUAUUUGCUGUUUCUCUAGUUAGUGUGCAAUCUGGUGGGUAGUGGAAGUUUUCAAGUUUUCUGCAAAUUUCUUUAACAUUAAGCAAAUGUGUGUUUUCAACCGAACUGGCAGUGGGAUGGAAAUGUCAUCUGGUCCAGACUGAACAUCUCAAUACAGACUGGAUUAUAUUUAGUGCAGACGUUUGUGAUCCCCCGAGGAUGAAACUGACCAGCUUAUGUGAUCCCCAGAAUUUUCCUCUAGAGCCAUUACAUUCUUGGCUUUUACUGAAAUGUUUUGAUGACUGUUGGAUGGAUUCCCAUCAAUGAAGACAUUCACAUUCCCUAGGGGAUGAAUUGUAAUAACUUAAGUGGCCCCUUAUCUAUUCCCCUAGCACCAUCAUGAAAUGUUGGUCAACAUUUGUCCAAAACUUUGAUGCUUUUAUGCCUAAAUACCUGUAAAAUGAAUGACAUUCUGCGUCAGCUGUUUGUGUUUAGUGCUAAUCAACAGAUGUUAGCAUGUUAAUACUCUAAACUAAGGUUGUGAACACGGGCUGCGUCCGAAGUCACCCUCUCAUUAUUUCAUUCACUAUUUCCUAUAUGAGAAACACUCAAUAUCAAUUCUGAGCAUUAAACUGAGAUUUCGGACACUUCAUCCUUUUGCAUCAGCUGUUUUGUCACACAACAACAAUUUUCACAUUUAUAAAAUAUGUUGUAUUGUUGGAUUUUCAGCAGAAAAUAGGCGACAUGGAUGCUACUUUUUUUGUUCCUAUGCACUAUAUAAUAAAUACAGAGUGAUUUCAAACACAGACAUUAUGCUAAAUCAUUGUGUUAGCAUUGUGACUGUGAGCAUGCUGACAUUAGCAUUUAGCUCAUGAAGCCACUAGCGUCGCUGUAGACUUACUGUUAUCAGUCUGUCCAGCUGGAUAUAGUAAAGGAGGAGAUCCAUCUCUUUCUCUUAAGAUGUUUAUUCAUGGGCGUGUCCCCCCAAAUUUAUCAUUGUCACCAGCGGCCUUCCCUUCUCUGUUUACUUUCUAAAUAACUGAAAGCUUUAUUGGCUGAAGGGGUCACACCUGUUUGCCAAGGGAUUAGCAAGAUAUUCUUCUGAGCCACUGAUGAUAUUGUUUGUCCUUGUCAUACUCUCAGCCCCUUCCUUAUUCUGCGACACAAGUUUUUCCUUGAUGGAUAUGGCUUUCUUAGGAUGAGCGUCAAUGACUCACUUCAUUGGAAAGGUGCCUGCUUUGCUGUAGUUUGUGCAAUAUUAAAUUAAGAAUCACUCGUGCUUUAUGUCUUGGAGAACUUUAGUUGUGUGUGUGGAUUGAAAUCGGUCUGUGGCAGACUCAUCCUGGAGGGACUGCAGUUGAUGAUUUAUUCUGCUGAAUCACAUUAUGAUGGCUGAGUCAGCCCAGAAGUCUUCUUGGUCACCUUUGUCAUUUGUCCAGUCAGCUCCUGUGUGAUUCUCACCCUGCGCAGACAGACCUCGCCUCCCCUAACUCACCCUUUCAAUUGUUUUAAGCAUGUGGUGAAAACCAAUGUGACUUCUCCCAAUCAGGGUUCAAGUAAGCAUUAUUUGAAUGGUAACAAAAUGAAUAUGAAAAACAAUAAUGAGUAAUAAUAUCUUUUUUCUUUCUGUUCACAUUUGACUGUUGGUCAGUGUGUAUGUAUGUGUGUGCUUGGUGUUCUUGUGUUGGGUUUAUUUCUUUACACAAACGUGAUAAGAAAAUCCUUCUGUUUUUGAAAACUUUAUGUAAAUAUCGUUGGUGAAAAUUAACAUUUGUUGUACGCCACGUUUUCAUUUGUCACUUGAAAUGAUGAAGAAAACAAUGAUAUUCAUGAAUAACAGUGGUGAUGUUGAUGAUGCUGAAGCUGAUUAUACCUGCCCUUCUUGAAUAAGGGCUUUUGAUGUCUGCUGUAUUUUUGUUGGAGGUGUCGUGAGGUCGGGGCAAGAGAAACAAAGGAAAGGAGUGAUACCCAACACAUCCCAGGCCCACUGUAGCAACACUGCCACAUACCUUUUACCGCCCCUACACCUCCAGGAAAUACACUGAGCAAUGUGUGGCACAAAUAGUAGCCUGUGUUAUUUAUGCCAUAAAACAUCUUUGUAUUUUUAUUACAAACAUGAAACACAGAGUGCUUUUUUGGCUGUGUGAGAGGACUGUACACCUCCCUGUGGAGUCAGUCUGCCUCGGUCGCUUGGCAUCACAUCUCACCCUGUCUGCUUAUAGGCUUGGGGAUUUACUGUAAUGCCAUUGUGUUAGACGGGAUUGGCCCUGUACUGACACUGAUGAUGCCUUCCUCAUUGAAUUUGGAGCCAUUAUUGCUCUGCUGGAGGCCAUACAUGGGGAUGGGCAUGUAUGGAGGAGGGAGUGGAUUCCAAGUGGAAGGACGUACACCAUCCAUCUGACCCCGUAAAGACAAUUAGCAUGCUUGUGAUUCAGCCUCUUAUUUGGGGUUAGACUCAUGAUUAAGCACAACUGACUGCCGUGAAUUUGCCACAUAAUAUGGUUGUCUUCUGCCUAGUCAGAUAUUUGUAAGAACUCUCAAACUCCAGCAAGUAAAACCAAGGAUUAGUGCGAGAGCCAAACUAUAAAGUCUGGCAGGCGUAGUGGGAAUAAGGGUUUUUAAUCAUUUAAAAACAGUGAGGAAGAAUAAGAUCAUCGAAGAUCAAAAUGUCCAAAAAUGUGCCCUGUGCCUUCUUAACAGACACAUUCAGCCCACUGCUGCAUCCAAAAAAAAUCAAAAGUGCACAGGGCUGUAGUCCAGUUAUUUUCACUGCAGGUGUUGGCACACCCACUUCCCUGUUUUUAAUAUGCCAUAGCCUUAUGUAUCUGGCCUGUGUACAGUGCAGGGAUGGAGCUUAUCAGUUUCAUAUUACUUUUAGGACUGUCUCUGCCACAGACAUGAUAUGGUACAGCAGAUACUCCCACCAGCUGUCUGCAGGAAGGACAGUGGAUACAGUCCUUCCUUCAUUUGUAAUGCCAUCCUUUAGAGGGAGUCCCACAGGGAGUCGGAAAAUACACACACACACACACACACACACUCACGCACACACACACACACAUUACAUUAUUGAUGCACUGAAAAUAAAUUUGGACUUUUUUCCCUAAACCCAGAUCCCUCAGAAUGCAUGUAUUUUUCUUUCCUCGCUGGUUUGUAAAUAGACUUUGUGAUUUGGUUAGAGCAACCUCUAACUCCUGCCAUAAUGUGGACAUUUUUAAUCAGGUAGGUAAUAAGCAAUACACUUAAUUGAUCUAACGCCAUACACUGAAAUCUUACUCACUGAGUCUGAUGGUGACUCCUUUGCUUUAAGGGAUGUCGAGGGUAACACUCCUGUUUCUUCACCUCCUUUCUCAACUUGCUGUGGCCCACCUCUUCAACAAAGAGUGCUCUAACUUAAAACACACAAUUGUGAUGUGUACAAUCUAAUUUAAUGUAUUUAUUUAUGUAUUUUUGCCAACUUUGUAUAGUGUAUAAAUAUCUAUAAAUAUAUGAAAAAUGACAGUACUGUAUAGAUUUUAGCUGCCUCGUAAGGUUAAUAGUAUAUACUUGGUAGACUAAAAGAAAAAGCGUAGAGCUGUUCAAAAGCCAGUCAUUGAGAAAAUGCUUUCUGUAAAAUGCGGUACCACUGGCUCUUUUUAUAAUCUAGGUUUCGUUUCUGGUUUAUUUUUUUAUUAUUGCCAGUGGGAUCUAAAGUGUGUGUUGUUCUUCUUUUCGUCCGUUUGUUUGUUAAUCGGUUGGUUUGUUGUUUUUUUUGACAAAGACACAGCAAGGUUCUGGCAGCCAGGAGAGUGCAGUGGAACGCAGACUGGGACCCUGUGCAGUAGUGUGUGUGUGUGCGUGUGUGUUAGGUGUGUGUCCGUCCAUGGUAGUGAUAGUGCUCUCUGUGCAGUGCCUCCCUCCUCCCUCCCCUCUCUCUCUCUCUCUGAUGUAGUUUGUCAUGUGACGCAGUGUGUGUUAAGGUGCAGGAUGACUGUGUUCGCUGAAGCUGGCAGAUGCCCUCUCUUUGUCUCUGUGUCCACUCUGCUUCUUCAUUACAACACUUCAUUUUAAUCCUCCACCAAGUAUAGAUUUCCACUUCCUCUGCCCGAUUGUUCAUUUACUCUCCCAUUCAUCUAGUAAUGCAUACACCACCAGAGUCUAAUUUCCCAGUAAUCCAUGCUUCCUCAUCUGUCUGCGAUUCUUUGUCCAUUAGCAGCUCUCACCCGUCACCAUCCACAUUACUGUAGAGCACCUUGUUUUCCCUACAGAGCUCUGUGGACCAGAGAAUGAUUUAGCACAAAAAAAGAGCAGAUCCACGCACCUCAUUCCUGGUCAUACCUUCAUGUUUCUCUUCACGGUGUUGUACUUUUGCUUCCCCUGUAUACAGUCUCUGAGGAGAAGGGCAGCUGCUAGCUCAGCAGGCAGAAACACAAAGCAGCCAUAUUCAGAUGUCAAGCACAGACCUGUGACUCAAAUCUAUGUUGUGGCGGCUUCACUGUUGCCCCGUUUGUAGCAAGAGCAAGAGAAUAGCCUUAACGAUUGGACCAACUACACAAAAAAGUAGUGGGAUAUGUGCAUUUGUAGUGGACUAUUAUUACCUUCCCUUUCCCACACCAGAUUUAUUACUCAGUAUUCCAAUGUGUUGCUUGGUUGCUCUGUACAUAUCUGUGUAGUACUUCUGUUGAUGUCCCUGUAUUAGGAUAGUAACGGGUUCUUACUGGGCAGCCUCUGCAGACGUCCUCUCCCUCCUGUCUCAUCUCAUUUCCUCAAAAACUUCAAACAUUCCAUCAAAAUCUAAAGUGAGCAACAUUUUAACAAUUAUUAGAUUUCCAUAGGCUAGCUGGGGGUUAAAAAGCGGAGGCACUGAUCCACAGACAUUACUGCUGGAGCCAUGAUAAUAACCAAGACGUUUUGUCUGUGUUCACGUCCCUCUGAGAACCGCAAACUGAUUGCAGACUCAGCAUAAUGACCCUCAAACACGCCUCUCUGCUCCUCCGAAACCCACCCCUCUCACACUGACCUCACCUGGCUCUGACAGCUCAGUGGGUCACCGACUGGUUUGAGGAGCCACUGACCUCCAGGGGGGUGAGAAGGGUGAGGUAGGUGAGGAGGUGGGAGAGCCCUGGGAAGUGGCAGAGAGGCGUGUUCCUGUGGUCACAUCCUGGGUCAGGAGGGAAAGGGAGCGAGGGCGUCUCGAGGUCAAACCCAGUAGCACUUUGGUUUUGCGUUCCAUGUUUUUUUAGCCUCUCCUGUUUUUUGGCCGAGCGGACUGUGAUCUUACUGGUUGAUUUUCUCGUUCUCCUCCACCCAUCAGUGUUACAGAGUGUGUUGGGUGGACGGAGCCAUGGAGCUGAGCUCUGAUUUUGUUCCAUAUUAAAGAAUCAUUUUUACUA